GAACCAUGGAUCUGCAUCUCUUCGACUACCCAGAGUCGGGGAACUUCUCCGACAUCACCUGGCCCUGCAACAGCAGCGACUGCAUCGCUGUGGACACGGUGCUGUGCCCGGCCAUGCCCAACAAGAGCGUCCUGCUGUACACGCUGUCCUUCCUCUACAUCUUCAUCUUCGUGAUCGGCAUGAUCGCCAACUCCGUGGUGGUCUGGGUGAACGUCCAGGCCAAGACCACUGGCUACGACACGCACUGCUACAUCCUGAACCUGGCUAUCGCAGACCUGUGGGUGGUCAUCACCAUCCCGGUCUGGGUGGUCAGCCUGGUGCAGCACAACCAGUGGCCCAUGGGUGAGCUCACCUGCAAGGUCACGCACCUCAUCUUCUCCAUCAACCUCUUUGGCAGCAUCUUCUUCCUCGCCUGCAUGAGCGUGGACCGAUACCUCUCCAUCACCUACUUCAGCAACACCUCCAGCAGCAGGAAGAAGGCCGUCCGCCGCGUCGUCUGCGUGCUGGUGUGGCUGCUGGCCUUCUGCGUGUCCCUGCCCGACACCUACUACCUGAAGACCGUCACGUCUGCUUCCAACAACGAGACCUACUGCCGAUCCUUCUACCCCGAGCACAGCAUCAAGGAGUGGCUGAUCGGCAUGGAGCUGGUCUCCAUCGUCCUGGGCUUUGCCGUCCCCUUCUCCAUCAUUGCCAUCUUCUACUUCCUGCUCGCCAGGGCCAUCUCGGCGUCCGGCGACCAGGAGAAGCACAGCAGCCGCAAGAUCAUCUUCUCCUACGUGGUGGUCUUCCUGGUGUGCUGGCUGCCCUACCACGUGGCGGUGCUGCUGGACAUCUUCUCCAUCCUGCACUACAUCCCCUUCACCUGCCAGCUGGAGCACGGCCUCUUCACGGCCCUGCACGUCACGCAGUGUCUGUCCCUGGUGCACUGCUGCGUCAACCCCGUGCUCUACAGCUUCAUCAAUCGCAACUACAGGUACGAGCUGAUGAAGGCCUUCAUCUUCAAGUACUCGGCCAAGACAGGCCUCACCAAGCUCAUCGACGCCUCCCGGGUCUCUGAAACAGAAUACUCUGCUUUGGAGCAGAGCACCAAAUGAUGCCCCUGCAGGGCUCUGGGACGCGCGUGCUUAUUUUGGAUGGGUCAUCCGGCCUGCUGCGCGGUUCUACAGUAAAGCACACGACCGUUGGGUCUUGAUGCCUGAGCAGCGUGAAGAAGGGAGGACGUGGCACCACGGGGCAUCUUUUCUCUCUCUUUUGUGCCGAUACAGCUGACCCUCGGCUGCACGUGCUGACAAUUGUACAGCGGGCAGGACAGUGUUUUGCAGCCCCACUGUGUGUCUUCACCAGCUGCAGCACAGGCUCGCCUGGACUCCUGUAACAUAAGACCUCCUGUGUUCCCGGAAUUUGUUUUAUAUGGCGAUUUGUAUUUAAAUUUUAAGACUUUAUUUUCUCAUUAUUGGUGUACCUUAUAAAUGUAUUUGAAAGUUAAAAUAUAUUUUAAAUAUUGUAUGGGAGGUAUAUAGUGCUGACAUAUAUUCAGAGUGUUGUAGUUUUAAAAUUAGUUUGACUUCAGUUUUGACUAAGGAUGACAUUAAUUGUUAGCUGUUUGGAAAUUAUAUAAAUAUAUAUAUAAAAAUAUAUAUAAAUAUAUAAAUAUAUGCCAGUCUUGGCUGAAAUGUUUUAUUGACCAUAGUUUUAUAUCUGUGUGGUGUUUUGUACCAGUGUGGGAUAUGGAACAAAAACUGCUCUGUAAUGCAGUUUGUGACAUUAAUAGUAUUAUAAAGUUACAUUAAAAAAAAAAAAGAAACAAUAAAAACUGUUCUGACCUGCAAAUCUGUGCACAAAAGGAACAGUUGUAUUUCACAGAGUUCUCUCAAUUUGUAAGUUAUUUUUUUUAAUAAAGAUUUUUGUUUCCUAAAAA